AUGGCAGGUUCAAACCCAUCCUUGCCCAUUUGCCACAUCCUGGCACACACCGUAGCUAUCCAUGCGGGCGGCGGAGCAGCCAUCAACCUCCAAGUGACAUUCCAACUGGGCGACCAGAAGCCCUUUGGAGACAGAGACGACGAACCAGCAGUGGCCUUCCGCAUCACCUUUAACUGUAGCGUAGACCAUCUCGAAGGGUUUGCAGCCGACAACGUCAAUGCCUUGAACGCCGGGUUGGAGGACGAAAGCAAUAUCAUUGUCGUGUUCAAACCUGAUAAAGGCGAAGUGUAUGCGGCCUCGUGGAGCGACGCCAUCUUGCAAGUGGACGUGUGUCACCUCGAAGACGAUGAAGAUGAUGUGAAUGAAGGAGACCCGAGUCGUGGGGCUGUGUAUUCACACUGCGGACCGCGCGAGUCGACAAUAUGGCUCCAUGAACGACAACAUUCGUACGAGUUUGGACCGUUGGCGGUGGUUCAACUCGAGCCAGACCAGCUUGAAAGCGAAGUGGACGAAGGCGAGCCCAGCAUCUUGCUGCGGUCGGACGCCGCCUUGGCCAACGUCGUGAUGUGUGCCGAGUCGCUGGAAAUUGCAAGGGACUACAACGUGCAUUAUGUGAUCGAGUGGCUGGAAGACCAAAAAUGCCUACCACAUGGCACCUCGUAUGUGAUUGCGGCAGUCGACGCCACCGGUGCCACGAUUGAAGCGCCGUUCUUCCCCCUGUUUGCGUACCGUUAA